UUUCACCGCCAUAUAGGAUUCCAAUUCUAAUUUCAUGAAAUAUUGAACAAUUUUUGUUAUCAGAUCGGAUAAUCUCUUCCUCUUGCUUUGAACAGUGGGAGAAUUCCAGCGAAAUUUUGGAGGAAGAGGAGAGAAUGCAUUCGUUAACCUUCAAGGUUUUAGGUGAUUUUAAUGCGGGAUCGAAGAUGAUUUCACAUGGGCGAGGAAGCUCUUGUUUUCCGGAAAUGGAGGUCGGGACAAUGAGGUGUUUCAGGAGUCGUCGAGCAUUAGGAAGAACGUGUAGGAUCGUAGCAUGCGCUACGGAGAGGAAUGGUGAUGGUGGUGGAAGCCAGAGUGCGAGUACGAGUUCGAGUCGUUCUUUUCUGUCCCGCAGUGAAACGUAUGCUCUACUGAAGCAGCAAAUGGAGGUUGCCGCUAAGUCUGAGGAUUAUGAAGAAGCUGCUAGGAUUCGUGACUCGUUAAAAUUAUUUGAAGAGGAAGAGCCAGUUUUGCGUCUUCGAAGACUGAUGAAGGAGGCUAUUUCUAGUGAGAGAUUUGAGGAUGCUGCUAAAUAUCGUGAUGAGCUGAAUGAAAUUGCCCCUCACUGUCUUUUGAAGUGUGCAAGUGAUGCAACAACUUCGGGUAUCAGGGUACAAGUUAGGAGCAUUUACAUAGAAGGCCGAAGCCAACCUUCGAAGAAUCAGUACUUCUUUGCAUACAGAAUAAGAAUAACCAAUAAUUCAAACCGUCCAGUUCAACUUCUCAGAAGACAUUGGAUUAUCACUGAUGCUAAUGGGAAAACAGAAAAUGUCUGGGGCGUUGGUGUUAUUGGUGAACAACCAGUUAUACUUCCCAAGACUGGUUUUGAAUAUUCAUCUGCAUGCCCAUUAAGUACUGCUAAUGGCAGAAUGCUGAGGUGGACAGUCUGGAAGCAGGGUUCUUUAGUAGAAUCUUAAUCUCGCUCGUGAAUUCGUGAUUUUCUGAUUCUUGUGUAGAAAGUUGGGGAAUUAUUACCUGCCAUUAAUGUGGGUUAGGAACCUGAGUUCCUCUUACUAAAUGUGGUGCAGGAAGGUGACUUUGAAAUGAAAUACAUUGACAGAGUGGGUGAACAAUCAUUUAAUGUGGCUAUUGCUCCGUUUUCUCUCUCCAUAUUAGGAGACAACACAGACGCAUUCUGAAGUGCAAACUGCAACCUAAAGUCAGCCUUGCAGAGGCUUUUCGGGACAUCAAGAAGUUCGUCAGAAAUGCUGUUUGCAUAUUUUGUAGAUAUUCAUUUCUUGGGGAUGCUGAAGACCAAAGCUUGCUAACAAAUCCAUUGUAUUCUCAAAUGAAUCUGGAAAUGUUAGGAGUUUCUUAUGUUUGCAAACUCCGGAGAGAGUUGUUGUAAAGAUCAAUAUGUAUAGACGUGUGGCAACUUUAAGUGAAUAGGUAGACCUAAUUCAUUAUCGCAAAGCUUCAAUAAGAUUGAAGUUGGACCAUAUUGAUUCAAGAAUUGUCUCUAUCGAGAAAACCCAUUUAUCCCAGAUUAAUAUUACACCCGUCUUGAUGAUUAAAA